AUGGAAAUAAUAUUUGUAUUUGUAUUAUCGAUGGCACCAUUAGUGUCUUUGUCUGCAGCAUAUUCUCCGACUUACCGGGAUCAUAGUGACUUUCUUACGGAUAUUACAGGGACACGAAAGAUAAAUAGGCUUGCAAUGAUUGGUACUCAUAAUUCUGCCACAUAUAAAACUUUCUUACUGGCUGCUCAAACACAGCAAUUGGACAUAACUGAACAAUUAAAAGCAGGCGUACGAGUAUUUGACCUACGAGUACGUAGCAUUGAAAAUGUAUUUGCAAUGCAUCAUGAUCUCGUAUAUUCAGGAAUGAUGUUUGGUGAUAUAGUGAACCAAGUGAUAGAAUAUUUGAGAAUAUCCGUUCGAAUUUGUGAUAAUGUUUAUGCAAAAGGAGUACGUUAG